AUGACAAUGUACAGACAAUUAGUAGGAAGUCUAAUCUAUCUCACGCUAACCCGACCAGAUAUUACCUAUGCAGUUAGUGUGAUUAGUCGGUUCAUGCAGAAACCGAAGAAACCUCACUUGGAAGCUAUAAAGAGAAUAUUGAGGUAUGUCAAGGGAAGUAUUGAUUAUGGUAUCCUUUACCAUAAUGAUAGAAAUUUUGAAGUUGCUGGAUAUUGUGAUGCUGAUUAUGCUGGAGAUCUUGAUACACGUCGAUCAACUACUGGUUAUGUGUUCAACCUGGGUUCCGGAGCAGUUUCAUGGUGUAGUAAGAGACAACCAACAGUGUCAUUGUCAAGUGCGGAAGCAGAGUACUGAGCAUCAGC